AUGGAAACAAUUUAUAAAGUUCAUAUUGAUAAUCUUGAAUAAGAUAUCUAAGUCUAGAUUAAUGAUAAUGAGAAUUUGGAAAAAUUAAUUGUAACAAUAAGAGAAAUAUUAAAACUACCUUUUCAAGAGAUAGAAGUGUUUUAUUAAAAUAAUCAAUUAGAUGUAAAACUUAAAAUGAAUGAUCUUAAACUUAACAAUUCAUCAGAAAUAAAUGUCAAGCUAUAUUUUUUUAUUAAAAUAAAAGUUUCAAUUGAAAUGCUUGGAUCAUAAGAGAUUUCACGAAUUAACAUCUAUGACAAAUUAGCAUGUUUAAAUAAACAAAUUUACAAGGAUUUUGCAAUUGCAAAUUAUGAUUUGGAUCUCUAUCAUAAUUAAUAACUCUUGGAACCAUAUUAAUCACUCUAUAAAUAUAAAAUUGAAAAAGAUUGUGAAUUGAAUUGUAAAGUGAAACCAUCAUUUUAAGUAGAAUAUCGAUCAGAAAUCUACAGCUUUGUAACAUAAUUAAAUGAAGAUUUUAAGAAUAUAAAUAAAAUGAUUAAAUAGACUCUAAACUUAGAAUUAGAUUUUGAACUUAUUUAUAAUGAAUUAGUAAUAAAUAAUGAAGGUGAUAUUUAUUAUAAUUAUUCUAUUCCUUAAAAUUAAAAGUUAGAAUUGAAAUUAUUAGAUAGUGUAAUUCUUAUAGUAUCGUCUUUUGAAACCUAAAGUUUUAAAGUGAAUAAAAGUAUAUAACUUAAAGAAUUAAUAACAUAUCUAAAAUAAUUAUAUUAAAUUAUUGAAGAAGUAUAAGUAAUUAAGGAUAAUUAGAAGUUGUUGGCUGAAUAAACAAUAUAGCAACUUAAACUUAAAGAUUAUGAAAUAAUUUAAUUAGAAUAAAUAUAAAGAUCUGAUUUAUAUCUAAUAAAUAAAGAUAAUCCAAAAUAGUAAUUUAAAAAAAAGAUUAGUGGUCCUAUUAAACUUGAUUUUUUACAAAAUUUAUCUUAAUUUAAGGAGAAAGUCAUUCAUUUUUAUGACAAUUCUCAAAAACAAUUAACAAAUUAGGAUGAAAUUUAAUAUGAAUCUAAAAUAACUAUAUAUUAUAAAGAAAUCUCUUAAAGUUAAAUUUUUUCUUGGAUAUAAAUAGGAUUUGUGAAUAAAUAAACAUAAGUGAAAACUAUAAAGAAGGUUACCCAAAAUGAAGCAAUAAAUAAAUACAUAAAGGAUUUAGUUGGAGAAUAAAAAACAAAUUUAUGGUUAGGAGAUCAAGAGAUUACAAAAGAACAUACAUUUUUAGGUAUUGGAGCAUAGAAUAAUGAUUGCAUAGUCUAUGAUAUAAUUAAGAAAAGUGUUUUGGUUGUUUAUAGAGAUUAAAAUCAUAUUAUUGAAGUUUAAGAUAAUUGGACAUUUGAAAAUUUAAAAUAAAAUCUUAUACUUUAAUUUAAAGAAUCUACAAAUAAGUUUAAUUUAAUACAUCGUAAUGUCUAACCUGAAUUAAAUAAAAAUAUUCUAUCAAUUUACAAUGAUGGAGAUAUAAUAUAUUUUACAGAUUAAAAAGCAAGCACUAUAAUUAAUUAAAGUAGAAUAGCUGAUAAUAAUUUAAUACCAAUAACAUUAUAUAUUGUAGAUAGAUAAGAUGAAAUAACAAUAAAUGUAUAAUUAAAAAUGAAUGUUUAAAAUAUUAUUCAAAAAUUCAAAAAUUUGUUUUAGAAUUAUGUUUCUGCUAAAUUAAUAUUAAAAAUGGAUUAAAUUAUACUACCAGAAAAUUAUGAAAUCAAUUCUACCCAUAGAAAUAAAAAGUUUAGUAUAGAAUAAUUAUAAAUAUGA